ACAUAAAUAUAUAAAUUCAUACAUAUGUUUCAAGUAUGUCUCACAUGGCAUGAAGAUGUCAAUAUCAUGCAUUUUGUAUAGAUCUGACCCCUCCCCAAUUAUAGUUUUUUAAUCACAAGUGAGUUCCAACCCAUCAUUUUUAAUAUGCGGUCAUGAGUUAAAGAAGCUGCCUGGCUUCUUUUAUCUAGCACUUAUUGAGACAUUGAUUGGCCUAGUCUAAGAAGAUUAGUGAGACGAACACUUCCUACAAGUGCAUCAAUGACAUGUCUUCUCUGCCACUGUUUUUAAAUCUUUGAGUUGAAUACUUAAAGCAGCAUUAAAGUCUAGUACACUGGUCACUUUCUCCCUUCCCUUGAGGACCACCGUGCAUUGAAUUUAAUAUAACAAAAUGAGCACCACACUACAUCCACUAUCUUCACUAGCAAAUAAAUCCAACUAUUAAAACACAACUAUGCACCUCUGGUUGCAAAUUUAUGGCUUGCUGUACUUUGUCAAAUUUCUUCUGUCAGUAUAAUUCACACCUGGUAAUUUUGUCUUGCUGGAUUCUAGAUUCUGCACUGAAAACAAUAGCCAGUGCCUGCGCUACCUUUAAGUCAACUGGUUGGUCCAGCUUUCUCGAAUGAUCCCCAUUCCCUCACCUUACUGCUUUCUUAUGCAAACACCACCAUCACCUUGAAGCUCGUUCCCACUUUGGUCCUGCAAGACCAUGAUGACAAAGAUUUCAUAGUUGUUGGAAUUAAUCCUACUAUCCCCUCAGACCAAGCAGCUCAUCCUUCCAAGAGACAAUCAACACCAUGAAGGAAGAGUUUUCCACAUCAGAGAAUAAGGCUACCACCCUCUCCAAGUCACCAGUGCCAGGGACCAGAGCUAGAGCUUCCAGAACUAAGGAGUGUCCAAGAGCAGAACCUGUAAAUGGGGUCUCACCAGGCCUUAAGUUAAGGCCAAAGCCUGUGUCUCCAGAACCAAACACCAUUCCUAAACCUGGAAGGUCCAUUCUGCCAAGCAAGAUGAGACCGGGAGGCGAUGAGGUUGGAGCUCCUGGGGAGAGAGAGAUGGAGGAUCCAAAAAUUGUUGUUCGAACUGGUAACCGAGCUGUCGAACAUUAUGCCCGAAUGAGACGGCGCUCAGAUUCAAACUUCAAGGGAGUUGAAGUUGAUGGGAAGACGAGCGAGUGGCAGCAACGGCUAGAGGCGAGUGAGAGCUUAGUGAACAGGUUACAGUCAGAGAUGUUGAUGAUGAAAGCACAAUUAGAGAGGAUGCAUAGCCAUAAUUUAGAGCUUGAGGCACAUAAGAAGCAGCUCACAGAGAGCCUUUUGGCUGCUCAAGCAAAAAUCUCGGGAUAUGAGAGGCGUGACCAGUUAAUUAAUCAGCUGGAGGCACAGAAGAAGCAGCUCACAGACAAUCUUUUGGCUGCACAAGCAAAGAUCUCAGCUUAUGAGAAGCGCAGCCAGGUAGCUAUGACUAGCCAGGAAUCUCAGCAAUCAGAGUUUGAGGAUUUGAGGAAUGUCAUUGCAAGUAAGCUAGACAAUCUAAGAUCAAAGAAAGAUGUGACAAGACAAGAGAGAACUGUCCUGGUGCAACCUUUGGUAGCAGAACCAAGAACUAGAGCUCCAGAAACACAACCAAAGUUUCCAGUGGCUCAGCCCUUUCCACCACCUCCUCCACCACCACCCAGAGGAUUGCCUCCACCUCCACCACCGCCUCCAUCUCGUGUAGCACCUACUGGAUCAAAUGCCAUGCAGAAACCUACAGCAUUGGUUGAACUUUAUCAAUCUCUAAUGAAGAGAGAUGGAAAGAAGGGUCCCUUGGGGAAUGGUAGUAGCUCUAGCCCUCUUGCCAGCAAUGCGCACAACAGCAUAGUUGGUGAAAUUCAAAACCGUUCAUCUCAUCUUUUGGCUAUUAAAGCAGAUGUGGAAACAAAAGGAGGCUUCAUACGGGACCUAAUAGAGAAAGUUAAUUCUGCAGCUUAUUCAGAUAUUGAAGAUGUUCUCAAUUUUGUUGGUUGGCUCGACAAAGAGCUUUCAACUUUGGCUGAUGAAAGAGCUGUUCUAAAGCAUUUUAACUGGCCAGAAAGGAAAGCUGAUGCAUUACGAGAAGCUGCAUUUGAAUAUCGUGAUCUCAAAAGAUUAGCACUUGAAAGUGCUUCUUUUGAGGAUGACACAUCCAUGUCUUGUGAGGCCACUUUGAAGAAGAUAACAACUUUACUAGAUAAGUCAGAGAGAAGCAUUCAGCGUUUGGUUAAGUUAAGAGAGACAACAAUGCUUUCUUACAAAGAGAACAAAAUUCCAGUUGAUUGGAUGCUUGAUUCAGGAAUGGUUAAGAAGAUAAAGCUGGCAUCUGUGAAGCUUGCCAGAGUAUACAUAAGAAGGGUAUUGACCGAGCUCAGAUCAGGCCGACAUACAGAAAAGGAAUCAACACAUGAAUCACUUAUUGUUCAGGGAGUGCAUUUCGCAUAUCGAGCAUACCAGUUUGCCGGAGGUCUUGAUUCCGAGACAAUGUGUGCUUUUGAAGAGCUACGAAAACGAGCAGUUCAGUCCAAUGGCAGAGGUUCAAGAGAUCAACUUCCUGGAAUUACCCUUUCUUAGGAUCUCUACACCUUACUAUGACUGCAAACUAUACAUAUAUUAACUUAUUCAAUCAAAUUGUUCACUUACAACUUCAGAAGUGGAUAUAGAGGAACCAGUUUACUUCCAUGAGCUGCAAUGGAGAAAGAAGCAUAACGUGUCACUACUUGAUAUUAGUUUGUGUAGCUAUUUUUCUUGUGAUGAUCCAUUGGAAGCUAUUUUAUUUGGCAAAUUCAGCACUUUGCCAGAUUAAACCAGCUUUCCAUUGUGGUUUGUGUUCUUUGUAACCUCCUUGAACUAGAGUUGUAACUCGGAUUUCUCAUUUUCAGCCAUAAAUAAUACACAUCCCUACUACUUCAUAGUUUUUA